AUGAUCACCAUGUGUUUGCUGCACAUCUGCCUUGUAAUGCUGUUCUCCAUUGAGAUCUCUUCUCUGGACUGUACCAUGCUUCACUUCCAGCAAAAUAAAAUGAACAUGGAAAGCUUAGAGCUUCUGAGCAAAAUGGGUGGGCAAUUUCCUCUACAAUGCCUAAAUGAAAAUAGGAACUUCAGGCUCCCCCAGAAAGCUCUCAGGCCCAGAGAGUCCCAGGAGAAGAAUGCCAAGAUGGUAAUCCAGGAGAUCCUUCAGCAGAUCUUCAAUAUCUUCAGCAAAAACCUCACGCAAGCUGCCUGGGACAGGAGUUCUGUAGAGACAUUACAAAAUGGACUUCACCAGCAAACUGAGAAGCUAGAGACAUGUUUGCAUUCAGAGAUGGAGAAUGAGCCACCCUAUUUGGGCAACAAGAAACUCCUGUUCCCCAUGUUGAAACUGAAGAAAUACUUCCAAAGAAUCAGGGAUUUCCUGAAAGAAAAACAAUAUAGCUUGUGUGCCUGGGAGACCAUCCGCUUGGAAAUGGGGAGAUGUCUUUUGUUUGUUGACCAGCUGAUAAAAAGGCUUAAAAACUAA